GACCAAUGUCACAACAGAAGCAAUGGCCCUUGGAGCUCCCAAACGCUCCCAAAUGUUCACCUCCCCAGUGCGCAAACCCCUGCCUGACUACCUGCUCAACUUCAUGCAGGACUUCCUGUACAGCAGGCUGCUCUUCCUCCUCACAAAAGCCGGGGCCUCAGGACACUCCCAGAUGCAGGAAAGUUCACUACUCACAGCCCCGCUGCCUCCGUGGCGGCACCACCUACCACUGCAAAGAAGAAGAGUGCUAGGAGACUGGGCGCAAAGGAGAGGACAUUGGUGCAGUGACCUUCUCCCCACCCAGACU